AUGGAACAAAGGGAGUGCGAGCCAAAAAAAGCGAGAGGACGGUGGAUGAGAUGCGUGGUCGCCGUGCUUUUGUGGACUGUGGCCUCGGCGCAGUUGAGAUAUUCCAUUUCUGAGGAAGUGAAAGAAGGUACCGUGGUUGGAAAUGUAGCAAAAGAUCUGGGAUUGGAUAAAAGCACUCUGAAAGACAGGAAGUAUCGGAUUGUUACGAGUGCGGCAGAUCCUCUUUUUCAUGUGGAUCAGAACGACGGCGUUCUGUAUGUGAGCCGAAAGAUCGACAGGGAAGAGGUUUGUGAACGGACCAGUACAUGCGUGAUAAAUCUAAAAACCGUGCUAGAAAACCCGUUGGAAGUCCACUAUGUUGGUGUAGAAGUGCUGGAUAUAAAUGAUCAUUCGCCCACUUUCCCAGAGAAAGAGACGACGUUAGAGAUUUCCGAAUCCCUGUUGCCAGGAGCACGUAUUCCGCUACAACCAGCACGGGAUCCAGACGGAGGUCCUUUCUCUAUUCAGCAGUACAAGCUCAGCUCUAAUGACCACUUUCGUUUGGAAGUGAAAGAUAAAGGAGAUGAUGGCAAAAUACCUGUAUUGAUUGUCCAAAAGUCUUUAGACAGGGAAAUGUCAAGGAGCCACUUACUCAUAUUGACAGCACUAGAUGGAGGUAAACCUCCGAAAUCUGGCGAUAUGACCAUUCUAGUAAACGUUCUGGAUGUAAAUGACAACGCACCAGUCUUUUUUAAAGAUGUUUACUCAGUGAUGCUUGAUGAAAAUGCUCCAGUUGGCACCACAGUCAUUCAGGUAAAUGCAACUGAUUUAGAUGAUGGCCCGAACGGGGAUGUAGUUUAUUCAUUCAGCAAUAGUGUGAAUCGUAAAGUUUUUAAGCUUUUUGAAAUAAACCCAACAACAGGUGCGAUAACUGUUAAAGGAUUGAUAGACUAUGAGGAAAAGGACAAAUAUGAAAUUGAAAUCCAAGCCUCAGAUAAAGGUCUCGCUCCACUAUCCACACAAAAAAGUGUCCUCAUUAAAAUAGUUGACAUGAAUGAUAAUGCACCUGAGAUUGAGGUUACCUCAUUUUCCAGUUCUAUACCUGAAGAUUCCAGACCUGGAACUACUGUUGCUCUUAUCAGUGUAAAUGACUUGGACUCUGGUCUGAACGGAAAAGUUAUUUGCACCAUAGGUGAGGAUGUUCCAUUUGGUUUAUCACCAUCCUUACAGGACAAAAUGUAUUCUCUAGUGACCAAAUCUCCUCUGGACAGAGAGAAAAAGUCACAAUAUAUCAUAACAGUAGCAGCAAAAGAUGCUGGUCAGCCAUCACUGUCAUCUGAAAAGACAAUCAGUGUUGUGGUGUCAGAUGUGAAUGACAACAGUCCAGAGUUUUCACUCAGUCCAUAUACUUUCUAUGUCACUGAGGGGAAUGAUCCAGGAGCCUCAGUGUUUUCUGUGAAAGCUUCUGAUCGUGAUGAGAAUGACAAUGCUCUCAUUUCUUAUCAUAUUGUCAGAGAUGGAAGUGAAGAAAAUAAAGUCACUUCAUUUCUAAACAUAAACUCUGAUAAUGGACACAUAACAGCGCUGAAAAGUUUUGACUUUGAAACACUGAAAACGUUCCAGUUCCAAGUGGUUGCCACAGAUUCUGGAGCUCCGUCACUCAGCAGCAACGUCACAGUCAACGUGUUCAUUCUGGAUCAGAACGACAACGCUCCAGUCAUCCUGUAUCCACUCAGCUCCAACGGCUCUGCUGAAGGUGUGGAGGAGAUUCCCCGCAAUGUCAACGCAGGACACUUGGUCACCAAAGUCAGAGCCUAUGACGCUGAUAUAGGAUAUAACGGAUGGUUGCUCUUCUCACUGCAGGAACUCACUGACCACAGUCUCUUUGGUCUGGACCGAUAUACAGGACAGAUCAGAACACUUCGCUCAUUCACAGAGACAGACGAGGCUGAGCACAAACUGGUCAUACUGGUCAAAGACAAUGGAAACGUUUCACUCUCAGCUACAGCUACUGUCAUUGUCAAACUUGUGGAGCCCAAAGAGGCUUUUGCAGCUUCUGAUGUCAAAAGUGCAGCAAAAGUUGAUGAUGACGACAAUGUGACUUUUUAUCUCAUGAUAACUUUGGGCUCAGUUUCUGUACUUUUUCUCAUCAGCAUCAUUGUGCUGAUUGCAAUGCAGUGCUCCAAAUCCACAGACUAUACUUCUAAAUAUCUGCAAGAGACUAAUUAUGAUGGGACACUGUGUCACAGCAUCCAGUACAGAUCUGGAGACAAACGCUACAUGUUAGUUGGACCCAGGAUGAGUAUAGGAUCUACUAUAGUACCUGGAAGUCAUGCAAAUACACUAGUGCUCCCUGACAGGAGACGUACAUCUGAAGAGGUCCAACCCUGUAUUUAG